CGUUUGUGUGCUUGCGCCGAGGCUUUGAUACCCUGUUUUCAGAUGUCGAGUUUUUAUAUCCUGGAUGGUGCUCAAGCAUCGCUUAGCAAGUGGUGGCAACUUGGGCUUCUGUUUCAUUUUUGUUUCAUUUUUAUUUUAUCUAUCUUGUGUUGCUUUGCUUGUCUGUUUAUUUCGUGUAUGCAGUGGCUGUGUCUUAUGAACACACACAACAACACGGCACAGUCACAGUCACAAUUGCACAUUCUCUCUCUCUACAGGAUCAGGACACAAUAUGGGGCACAUCUUCGUGAUCUCCUCUGCUUGACCGCAGCUGCAGGUAAAUCUCUCUUCAUCACAAAGACCCCCACACACAAUGUCUUACUUUUUUUUUCUCUCUCUUUUCUCACCCAACCCGGCCGCACUAGCAUCUGCCCAAACUAGACGACCGUCAUCUCGGUGUGCAGUAGGAAAGAAAAAGAAGAUGCAAAAGAAGUGGAAACUUGCAGACUGGACCCUCCUCCCAGUCAGCUGGAUGUGAGUUCCAUUUGUAUUAUUCAUCGGCUUCGGCCAAAGCGGGUGCUUCCGCUAGCUAUCUGGAUUAGCACAAGUUAUGCAAUGGGCUCCGAAGA